GCAGCUGUGACGAUUCGCUGAUAGCUGCGAUCAUAUGCCGCCCUCGAGCAGCGUCGUCGACGAUGGCGGCGGCGGCGGUGGCGGCCCUUCGUCCUCCUCGUCCCACUCGCCUCCCGCGCAAGCUCCCCGACUGCGCACCUACUUCCCACCUCUCGCGACCCCCUCUACCUCUUCUCUAGCACAGCGUCGCCAGCAUCUCUCCUCAGCCGCCCCUCGCGCAACCGCGAGCACAUCGCUACAGCGCUCCAUCCACCUCGACGAACCCGCCAUUCGCCGACUCGACCUCGCUGCUGAGCUGGGCGAUGCGAAAGCAGGAUAUGGGCACGAGGGAUGCGUCAAUGCAAUGAAUUGGAGUCAAGAUGGGCGAAAGCUAGCCACAGGAUCAGAUGACUGCUGCGUCCUUCUCUGGGAGGUGGGCACGUCGCACAUCCACCCGCCCGCUUCUAAGCCCACGGUCGCCAAGCGCCGACCUUAUAUUGGCGCUCCUGCUGCCAUGUCGAGCCACUCAAGCCACGACGACGACGACGACUCGUUCGCUUUCCCCUCCCUCGACCUUGGACUCUUUACUCGCAUACAUACAGGGCAUCGAGGCAACAUAUUCGAUGUGGCCUUUGCGCCGCACACAUCCGACAGGCGGCUCAUAUCCGUAGCUGGAGAUGCGCAGGUGCGCGUAUUUGAUCUGGAGCGGGGCACAGGGGGCAAGAGGGAGAAGGUCAAGCUGUCCAAUGGCGAGAUAAGGUGGAUUGAUGACUUCCACGCCGCCACUGGCGGAGUGGAGUGUAGGACGUUGAAGUGUCAUCGAGGGUUCGUGAAGAGGGUGCAGACUGAGCAGAGCGCGGAUAUCUUCUUAACAGUGUCCGAAGAUGGCGAUGUUCGUCAACACGAUCUACGCACGCACCACAUCUGUCGACCCCGUUACGGCUCCACUGACUCCUCUACACACGGCUCGUGCCCUCGCCCUCUCAUCCACCACUCCGCGCCUCUCUACACACUUUCCCUCUCCCCACUCCAGCCCUGGCUCUUUGCCGUAGCGGGCAUGUCACCCUACGCCUACCUAUACGAUCGUCGCAUGGCUGGACGCGUCCUCGAAGACGAAUGGGGGGCUGCUGCCUCUACGUCCUCAUCUUCCUCUACCACGGACCCUCUGCUCGCGCGCUGUGUGCGACGCUUUGGCCUCCCUUGCGGAGACUGGGAUGGCAAGGACUGUCGCCCUCAGCAACUUGAGGAACCCGGCGGCGCCAAUGUGCGAAGGGGCAGGAGGAGACACGAUACCAUGGAGCACAUCACUGCUGUGCAGCUUGGCGAGACGGAGGAACGGUGUAAUGAGCUGCUGGCAUCCUACUCCGGUGGGGCCGUGUACCGCUUCAAUAUCAGGGACGGCACGGGCGUGCUGCAGCAUCGCGAGGGAGAGGAGACUGGCAAAGCCAAGAACUAUACGGAUAGCAAAAGGGGCGUCAAGAGAAGCAGUAGCGCCAGCGCGGGUGACGAGGCAUGGGAAACGACUUCAGCAUCGGCUUCGGGCUCCACCUCAUCUUCCUUUCGUCGUUCGCGGAAGCAGUCACGCCCCUCGACGGCAGAGCGAGACGCCCACCAACAAGACGAAACAGACAAGGAGCAAGGAGCGUCGGACCCUAACGAAGGCACAACGCCUCGGCCCAGCGUCACUACAGCGCACGAAGAGGCAAGGGCUCGCGAGCGAGAAGCAGGGCUCGACCCAGGUAAUAAUGCAGAAGAGACGCUUUCGUCGUCCUCGGGCUCAUCCUCCCCCACAGAGCAAGAAGCGGCAGGCUUCCCUCUAUACCAGCAACUCAUCGCGGACGGGCUCGCUGGGGAGCUCGAUGGCGGGGCUUCAGAGGAUGGAGGCGAAGAUGACGACGAUGAGGACGAAGAGGAAGACGAAUCGGAUUGGCCUCCCGCCGCUCCAGUGAUCUACGAUCUCGACGACGAAGAAGACGACGAAGACGAGGACGAAGACGAAGACGAAGAUGUGGAUGAAGACCUCGACCUAGAAAGCGAUGAGGAGUUCUACCUAGACCGUGCCCAUCCUGAGGAUGAAGAGGAAGACGAAGACGCCGCUCUGUAUUCAGAUGAAGAUGAGGACGAUGAUGGGGAGGGCUUCCCUUUCCCCUCUCUUUUCGGAUUCCGGCCCCCUCGUGGAGCAGAGGAGAUUCGCCAAGACCGACUCUCUGACGCUCAAAUCGCCAACGUACCCAUCGUCUACCCAAAGCAGCGCUACCGAGGCCACAUCAACGUGGAGACAGUCAAGGAUGUCGCCUUCCUCUACGGCACCGGAUCGGGCGGGGAGAGAAAGGACUUUGUCUGCUCUGGCAGUGAUGAUGGACAUUUCUUCAUCUGGUCUCGCGAGACCGCCGAGCUGGUAGGGCUAUGGCAAGGGGACGGCUCUGUGGUCAAUGUGGUUCGGCAGCACCCGCUUCUACCCGUGCUCGUCGUCAGCGGUAUUGACGAUUCUGUGAAGGUAUUCGCGCCAAAGACGUCGGAGCUAGCCCCGGGUGAAAAGGAGCGCACUGACGGCGAGGAGGGAGACAAUUCGGAUGGAGUCACCAUUGGCAGGUCACGCAAUCGUUGGGACUUGAGAGACACGAUCAUGGCUGUUAACAAUCAGAGGUUGCAAAGGGGUAUGAAUGGCUAUGACGACGACGAGGAUUCCGACGACUUCUCGGAAGAAGAUGAAGACGAUGAGGGAGAAGGGCACUCUGGCGCAUCGGGACGUCAGACCUUGAGGAUCAGAGAUCUGCAAGACUUCCUGCCCAUCGGCAUGGUCCCACCGGAGCGCGGUGGGUCGACGAACGACGAGAUUGCGCAAGCUAUGAUGCCGCUCGGCGCAGUGGCACCCGAGAGAGGUGGACCUACAGAUGAUGAGAUCGCAGCGGCGAUGAUGCCUGUCGGGAUGGUACCGCCUGAGCAGGGAGGACCGACGGAUGAUGAUCUGGCCGCGGCUUUCCUGGGGAUCGACCCGGCGCAGAGGGGUGGGAGAAGGGGAAGUAGCCGCCGUGGUGGACAGGGAGGAGCGGGUGAGACUGGGUGCGCGAUCAUGUAGGCAGUCAGAGACUGCAGCGCCGAGCACACGACGCGAUAUUCCCUCUGCAUCUCCGAUCCUUUUCGAAUCCAUCACCAUUCGAGUUCACAUCACAGAUGAGGGCCGAGCAUGUAUGCUG